AUGGCAUCGGACAUUCUGGACGUGUUCAACAUCAAGGAAGAGGCUCGAGUGCAGCCAAAGAAGCACGCCCGCGCAGAUAAUGACUUUGGGACACAGUCAAAAAAGAAGAAGCAUGCCAUGAGCAGGGAGUUGUACAAUCUUAUCGGUACCAAUUUGCCUCCUGUCGCUGUUGAGAAAGGCUUCAAAUUUAAAGACAAGAUCAAUUCAGGGAAAGCAAGUCCGUGGGUGUGGGCACCUUUCAAAAAUGAAGCCAGGUCAGACGAGCUUGAGCUUCACCACUGGGUGAAAGGCCUGGUCGCGCCAUCAGAUGAGAAAAGAUCAUACAAUUUUGCAAAAUACAACACAUCUCUUGAUAUUCCAUCCUUCAGCAAGGAAGAGUAUGAUGAAAAGCUAAAGGAUUUGAGCGAAGACUGGGAUUAUGACGAAACCAAGUAUUUAUUUGAUCUGGCUAAAGACUAUGAUUUAAGAUGGGCGGUGGUAUACGACAGAUACGAGUAUCGCAACGACAAACACAGAGGCCUCGAAGAUUUGAAAGAACGACUGUAUUCUGUAUCAGCAAAGCUUUUGAGCUCCAACCCUGAUGGCACAAGAGAUGUUGCUUUGAUCAAAGGACUUGAAUCGUUUGACAAAAAACAGGAACUGGAAAGAAAGCAGUAUCUGAACCGUUUGAUCCAUAGAGCCCCUACAGAAAUUGCCGAAGAAGAGUCUUUGGUCAUCGAGGCCCGAAAGUUUGAACUAGCCGCGAAGAAGAUGCUGAUGGAAAGAGCACAAUUGUUGCAACUUCUUGACUCGCCCCAAUCUUCCGCCUCGAUUGAACAAUACACCACGUCGUCUGGUCUCACCCAGCUCUACAAUUCUCUUAUGACUGUGGACAAGUCAAAGAAACGGAAACCGGAAGUUCCAGUUCCUCCUCAACUAGGCCCAAACGCCAUUCCUCACACUCAACAAAUACAACAAGCGCAACAACAGCAUCUAAUGAGACAACGCCAGGGGAAAAAAUCGACUUUGUCGCAAAGAUUGUAUGGAGGCAAACAGGAAAUAUCACAACAGCAGGCACAGUCUGAAGUUUGGCAACUUCUACAAUCCAAGCUCACAGCUGAAGAGAUGGAGGUUUACGGAUUGAGGUUCCACGACGAGAAGUUGCAACCGGGAGUGUAUAUUCGUUCUCAGAAGCUGUCAAGUUUCAAGCCUGCAGUGCAGGCUAAGGUGGCGGAAGUCUUGAAUGAAUUGCAAAUGUCCAUGAAACCUACCCUGCCUACAGCAAAUGUUUGCUCGAAGUUUGAUCAGUUACUGCAAAGCAUUGCUACUUUGAUUGAUCUAAAGAAGCAGACCGAUAAGUUGAGCGGGGAAGUGGCUCUCAUUAAGAGUCAAAAGGGAGUUGAGUAA